CGAACGACGACGACGACGACGGGAGGACUCGCCAGAAGCGCAGAAAAAUUUUGAUCGCGAGUGCCAUCGCGCGUAUUCGCUGACUCAAGCAAAGACAAUUCGUGCGUAAAUCGUGCGUCGUCAUUACGGGAACGAUCGGGAGGAUUAGCUGGUUGAAGGAUACACACAAUUGAAGGGAAACAAAACGGGAGCAGAACGGCUCCAGAGGACGAUCCCCGCCUGCUGCGAACGAGAGCUCAAACGAAGAACCGAUAGUGAGGAGGAGGAGGAGGUGGUCACGAACAACCACACACAAACAGGCACACACACAAUCUAGUAGGCAGAGUGUUCUUUUUUUUGUGAGUGUUCUCAGCCAGGCCAGCCAGCAGCAGCAGCACCAGUGAGGAGCAAAAAUGGCGUCGAUAGAUUCGCAGAUGAAAAACCGAAUGCAAGGUUUUAAAAACAAAGGAAAAGAUCAAGAGGAGAUGCGAAGACGUCGCAAUGAGGUGACAGUUGAGCUACGCAAAAACAAGCGCGAAGAGACGAUCCUCAAACGGCGCAACGUGCCCGCGACGCCGGCCGAAUCGACAGACGAGGACGACUACACCUCGCCGACGAACCUGAAGAAGCUCGUCGACAAGGCCGGAAACAACGCCGACAAAGAGGAACAGCUGGCCGCCGUCCAGGCCGCCCGUCGGCUACUCUCCUCGGACCGCAACCCGCCAAUCGACGCGUUGAUACAGAGCGGAAUUCUGCCGAUCUUGGUGGGCUGUCUGGAUCGCGACGACAACCAGCUGCUGCAGUUUGAAGCCGCCUGGGCACUGACGAAUAUCGCAUCCGGAACAUCAGCCCAAACGAACCAGGUCGUGCGCGCCGGUGCCGUGCCACUGUUUCUGCGUCUGCUCGGUUCCCCUGCCCCGAAUGUGUGCGAACAGGCCGUAUGGGCGCUCGGAAACAUCAUCGGCGAUGGCCCGUGCCUGCGGGAUUACGUCAUCAAGCUCGGCGUCGUCCAGCCGCUGCUUUCGUUCAUCAAGCCAGAGAUUCCGAUUCCCUUCCUGCGCAACGUCACCUGGGUGAUUGUGAACCUGUGUCGUAACAAGGAUCCACCGCCACCGGUCAACACAAUACUGGAGAUUCUGCCGGCGCUCAACAUGCUGAUCCACCACACCGACAUCAACAUCCUCGUGGACACCGUGUGGGCGCUCAGCUAUCUCACCGACGGAGGCAACGAACAGAUCCAGCUGGUGAUUGACAGCGGUGUCGUGCCCAAGUUGAUCCCGCUGCUGUCGCACGUCGAAGUCAAGGUCCAGACGGCGGCGCUCCGAGCGGUCGGCAACAUCGUGACCGGUUCCGACGAUCAGACUCAGGUCGUCCUGAACUGCGACGCCCUUUCGCACUUCCCGUCGCUGCUGAGCCACGCCAAGGACAAGAUCCGCAAGGAGGCGGUCUGGUUCCUGUCGAACAUCACGGCCGGCAACCAGGCCCAGGUGCAGGCCGUCAUCGAUGCCGGCCUGCUGCCGAAGAUCAUCGAGAAUCUGAGCAAGGGCGAGUUCCAGACGCAGAAGGAGGCGGCGUGGGCGAUCAGCAACCUCACGAUCAGCGGCAACCGGGAACAGGUGGCGCAGCUCAUCAAGGACGGUGCCAUCCCGCCGUUCUGCGACCUGCUCACGUGCAAGGAUACGCAAGUUAUCAAUGUUAUCCUGGACGGCAUCAACAACAUGCUGAAACUGGCCGGACCGCACACGGAGGAGAUUGCCAACAUGAUUGAGGAGUGCGACGGAGUGUCCAAGAUCGAGAUGCUGCAGAACCACGAGAAUAUCGAAAUCUACAAGCUGGCGUACGACAUCAUCGAGCAGUUCUUCUCGGACGAGACCGACGAGGCCGUGCUGGACGAGCUGAGACCGGCCGUCGACGAGAACGCGUUCCAGUUCAACCAGAACCCAAACGUGCCCCGAGACGGGUUCAACUUUUAAAACAAGCACACAAACAACCUAAGGAAAGGAAUCCCGCGAUCCGCGACUGGCAGAGGACUAGCAACACUAGCAAAAACACACACAAUAUCUUCCCCCUCCCUCCCCCGUCAGAAUCUUAUCCGCGCGCUAUCCACACACACACUCAACGCCACGCCGCUGCAAGUUUUAGUUGGUCAUGUUUCAAAAUUAUCGCCACCACCACCUUCGCGUGCGCGUUUUCGAAGAGGCCGGAUGAUUCGACGCCAGUCUCCUCUUCCCGGACGGAAAAGGUCGCACGCGCGCGCGCCCAAGCAGAUAAGAAAUGCUAGUUUUUCUUAGGAUUUUCUGCAAAACUAAUUAAAAAGAAGAAGCAAGUUAAUGAUAUCUAUUUAUUAUAUAAACAAAACAACAGAACACACGAAGAUAAGAAAAAAAGGAUUGCGGAAAGGACAGGUUAAUAGAGGACAAACGGACGACGAAGCUGCAUCUGCCAUUCAUCGUACACACGCACUCACCACACAAACACACACACAAAUUCAUACCCAUCUGAAGACGCUUAUACACACGUACACAAACAUACAAACACGACCGUUGAAUGAAUUAAGAAUUACGUUUUUCUGUAGAAAAAUAACCCCUCCAACAAACUCAAGUUCCUUCUCUUCUUCGAGGAAAAAAAUAUCUUUUAGAAAAAGAACGUCAAGCGAGAUUAUUUUUUUCAGUGUCGCAAUUUUCCUUUAAAAUUUUGGUUUAAAAAACGAAAAACGUUUCGUGGGAAGGAUACUUUUAAACUAUCCUGCUUUUAAUUGUUAAAGAAUCAAAUCAAGUUACCUCGCUCACGGAGAAGGGAAGGAGAAAGGUUGAAACUUUUUAAACGAAACAAGAAAAAAACUCAAUUUCGCACAUGGGUGACGAAUUGAGAGGCAAAAUUUAGCUAAACAGCAAGUGUAGUAGAGGCAAGAAGAAGGCAAAAAGUGUAAAGAAGAAACCGCGUUUUUCUUUUUCCUCUCGUGUAAAAAGCAUAUUUUUAUAUUGCAAACUUUAUUGAUCGAAAUAAACCAAUGGACUGUAAGUUAGAGCUAUGUUAUUUUCUCGGUUGGAUGACAAAUCGACACGAAACUUCUCAUUUUCCGAGCCAACAGUAAAAAAGGGGCUUCUUUUGCUUUAGUUUAAGCUUUAUUAAGUGUAAAGAGAAUAAAAUAUCGGCCACAAAUGAGUUAGAACAAGUGAUUGCGCGUAGGCGCGGCUCUUAAUGAAAUUAAGCAGCACGCACUCUUGGAGAAAGAUUUUUUUUUGUAAUUAGUUUUCACGAAUCAACAAAAACAAGAGAGAUAGAGAGAGUCCCCUGCGCGGGUAGCAGGUAGGCGUCUGCGUUAGGAAUUUUUAAGUAAUCAAAUUUUGUUCUUGUGUAGACAAAUGUGAAAGGUUGCUCCGCAAAAAAAGAAAGGAGAGAACAGAUUACAGACACAAACGCGCACUUUUUUGGUGAUCGUCACACGUUGGUUGAGUUUACGCAGAAAAAGGGAAGGACAUUUUGAAAAUGAUAUUGUGAAACCAACUCGAGCUAGAAAAUGUAAUUUUCGAAUUAUGCAGACUUGGAGGCAGAACGAAUGUGAAACAAGAAAUCGUUUAGGGAAUAACAAAGAAAUUAGAUAUCAAACAAUUGAAAAAAAGUCGAAACAGCAGCAGAAAAAUCAUACGCAAAAAAACUACAUUACCAUUUUUUAUGUAUUUAAGCUUGCUAGAAAGUCAAAUUUGGAACAGCGAAAACAACAAGAAAAGAAUAAAUGGACGAAGCGACACGAGAAGCAACACUCAGACAAACCACAACAAA